GCUGAACGCCCCUGUGGCCCCCUGGAUGGUCUCGACCCUGUGGGAAGUGGCGAGGAAGGCAAUGUUAGUGACCUAGAUGUGGGGCGCCUUGGACCAAUGAGGCCCAGAGGACCCCAAGGAGCCCCUGGGAAGCAUGUUCCGGAAGGACCCACUAGUGGCCUGGGGGCCAGGUUCGCGGAGCGGGGGCACCACGGCCUACGCCAACCCCGUCUGGACGGCGUUAUUUGACUACGAGGCCGCCAGCAGCGACGAGUUGACCCUGCGGAAAGGCGACUUGGUGGAGGUGCUUUCGUGGGAUGCCGCCAUCUCUGGGGACGAAGGCUGGUGGGCCGGCAAGGUGAACAACCAAGUGGGCAUCUUCCCUUCCAAUUACGUGUCCCCCAAGACGGGGGGCUACGCGGGCCCUGAGAGCCCCCCUGAGGCCGACUUCCGGGACCUGAGGCUGGAGGAAGUGAUUGGGGUCGGUGGCUUUGGGAAGGUGUACCGCGGCAGCUGGAAGGGGGAGUUGGUGGCGGUGAAGGCCGCCCGCCAGGAUCCGGACGAGGACAUCAGCACCACGUCGGAGAGAGUGCGGCAAGAGGCCCGGCUCUUUGCCAUGCUGCAGCACCCCAACAUCAUCGCCCUCAAAGCCGUUUGCCUCCGCGAGCCCAACUUGUGCCUGGUGAUGGAAUAUGCGGCUGGGGGUCCCCUCAGCCGCAUGCUUGCCGGCCGCAGGAUCCCACCCCACAUCCUCAUCAACUGGGCCGUGCAAAUCGCUCACGGGAUGCAGUACCUGCACUGCGAAGCCAUCGUGCCCGUCAUUCAUCGCGACCUGAAAUCCAACAACAUCCUGCUAGCGGAAUACGUGGACGAUGGAGAUGUGAGUGGGAAGACGCUGAAGAUCACCGAUUUUGGGCUGGCCCGCGAGUGGCACAAGACGACCAAAAUGAGCGCGGCGGGCACCUACGCCUGGAUGGCACCGGAGGUCAUCAAAAGCUCCACCUUCUCCCGGGGCAGCGAUGUCUGGAGCUAUGGGGUACUCCUUUGGGAGCUUCUCACUGGCGAAGUUCCGUACCGGGGCAUUGAUGGCCUGGCCGUGGCCUAUGGAGUCGCUGUGAACAAGCUGACACUUCCUAUCCCGUCCACUUGCCCGGAACCCUUUGCACGUCUCAUGGCAGAGUGCUGGGAGCAGGACCCCCACCGGCGCCCCACUUUUGCAUCCAUCCUGUCCCAACUGACGGUGCUGGAGACCCAAGUCCUCCAUGAUAUGCCCCAGGAGUCCUUCCACUCCAUGCAAGAUGAUUGGAAAGUCGAGAUCCAGGACAUGUUUGAUGAGCUGCGUGCCAAGGAAAAGGAACUGCUGAGCCGCGAGGAGGAGCUGAAGCAGGCAGCCCUGAAGCAGAAGUCCCAGGAGGAGUUCCUGCGUCAGCGGGAGCACGAGCUGGCGCAGUGGGAGCUGGAAGUCUUUGAGCGGGAGCUGAGCCUCCUCAUUCAGCAGAUGAACCGGGAGCGUCCCUACGUCAAGAAGCGGAAGGGGACCUUCAAGAGGAACAAGCUGAAAGGGAGGGACAGCGAGCACAUCAGCAUGCCACUUGAUUUUAAGCAUCGCAUCACAGUAAUGGCUUCUCCUGGAUUGGACAAAAGGAAGGACUGCCUGGAGAUGGGGGCAGGCGGCUCCCCUCCCUUCCAACGAUUCCGAGCUAUCAGAUUGGAGCCAAGUGAAAACGAUCAAAAUUGGGGUUGCCAGUCGCCGCGUCGAGGGGACGAGAUUUGCAACGGCCGUACAAAGAGCUCCAGUUCCCCCAAACCAUGUGAGAGCAGUACGCAGAAUGGCAGGAGAAGGUCACGGCUAGAAGAAACGACGUGGUACAUGGAGCCAGAGGUGCUGCCCGUUCCUGAACAGACCCAGCCCAGCCCAAACGGCAGUGUCCCAGUCGACUCCCCGGAAACCGAGGACCCAGUCCCAGAACGUCCCAGUGCCCCCCGGCUCAUCCAGCGGGCCCUGCUUCGGGGAACAGCCUUGCUUGCUUCUCUCGGGUUGGGCCGAGAGCUUCCGUCCGCCCUGCAGGAGCCCCCGCCGCCCUCCCCUCCGCAAGACUCCACCCCCACCGUCCAUGUGGAGCUGUGCAAGGAGGAACCUCCUACGGAUCUCCUCGUCGAUGUGGCCUCUGGGGGCAACAGGGGGGCCUUGCCUCCUCUCUGGACCCAGAUGUCACCCAAGAUCCCGAGACUUGUGGAAGGCCGCGGCAACAAAACCCAGAAAUGGGAUGGUGCUCUCCCUUCUCCUUCCUCCCCCCGCAGCCCCCGCUCACCCCGCCCCUCCCCACACGCCAGCCUCAUCUCCAGGCCCCGCCCUUCUCCCGUCCGCAGCCGCAUCGACCCCUGGAGCUUUGUGUCUUCUGGGGCCCGCUCCUCCCCAGUCCAGUCCCCUCGCCUGGGGCCACGCCAGUUCAAGCCACUGGGUCCUGAAAGGACCAACCCUUUUGCGGCUCCCGAUCCCUUUGCCUGUGGGGACUUCUCAGCCCUGAGGGAGCCAACAGUGCCAGCCACCCCCGACCCCUUCCUCGUCGCGUCCAGAUUGGGUCCACCCGGGCGGCUCAGCCCUUCUCUGUUGCCACGCCAGACCUCCCGGCCGCUUCCGCCCGAAGAGGAUCUGCCGUGGUGGACAGCAGCUGCAUCCGCUCAAGGACGGACGGCCCCAAAGUGAAGGGAAAAGCAAAAGAAGGAGGUCCCGCCUUCCCGAAGCACCUUUUCGUUCAGGAAGUUGGCGCCUUGAACUUUGAACCCCACGCUCAACUGUGAUUGGACAUGAGGCUGCAAAUGUAGUCGAAGGCUGGGAGCAUGGGCUCGCUGUCGAAAGGGGAGACGGGAAUCGCUGUCAAAGGGGGAGAGGGGGGUUUUCCCAUGCCGUAGGGGGGAGGUGGGCACACACCCCACACCCAAGUACCUUCUUCCCUUCCUCCCCACUUUCCAUUCACUGAUUGCCUUAACCUCAACAGUGUUGGGAAGACCUUGCUUCUUUCUCAGCCAAUUCCUUCAGGGAUGUCAAACCACGGGAUAGUAUUGAGGGCCCCACGGAAGUGAUGAGGGGUUGUGUAUAUUGGGCAGGGGGUGGGGGUGGAGGUGAGGGAGAGCAGAGAGCCCUUUCUCACGCCCCUCCAUGAAAUGAACACUAACCGGUCAGACCCACGCUGGCAAGUCACUCUCCUCUCCUCCACCUUUGCUGGAAUGGCUUGUGGGGCUUCCCCCGCGUUGGCCAGGCUCGCUCGCUGGCAGCUAUUGUCUUCAUUGCGUACUGAUUCUCCAUUCACCAUGAGGGGCACAGCUCCCCCCUUCCAUGACUAGGCCUUAGUGGCUCUCUCUCCACUGAAUGCAGGGGCAGGAGGUGGAGCAGCUUUGUCCAACCUGGAGCCCUCCAGAUGUUUUGGGCAACAACUCCCAUCAUCCCAUAGCCAGCAAGUGCUGAUGGGAGUUGUAGUCCAAAACGUCUGGCAGACUCCUAAGUUGGCCAAGGUUGGCAUGGAGAGCCUGUGAAGCAAGCAAGACUCCACUCUCCUUUCUCUGUAUCCUUUGUCCCCAAAAUGGGUAUCGCUCCUCCCAAUUUAUGCAAGGAGGGGAGCCUGCCAUGGCUAUCUUGACCCAAGCAGGUCUGAGGAUGCUCUGCAGCAUUCAAGAGCAAGCCACAUUGCACAAACAUGAGAGGAGAUAGCCCAGAGUGGGGGUACACACUGGAGCCAGAUUGCCCCACCUGCUGGUGCCCGUCUUUUGACGUGGACGUGUAAGAGGAAAGCAAAGAAUGUCUUGCAACGGGCUGCACUUGCAACGAAAAAAAGCAGUGCUUUUUCCUGGUUGGAGUCUGACAGCCACUAGCACUUUGAAUGUGCAAUUCUACUGUGUCCGCCUCUCCCCUCUCCCCACCCUACUUGAAAUUCCCAUGUGAGUGCCAGGCUCCCUCGUGCACCUCCCACUCCACGAGGGAGCCACCUGUGUCAGGCCCAAUCUCAACUUGCGACGGGCCAAGCCUGUGAAAUGAGACCAAAUAAACCUCUGAUUGCUGCCUCCA